GUGGAGUUUGGUAGCUUCGACAUAUUGCAGGACGAGGCGAUACGGCAGGGCCUCAAGGAGUACAGCAACUGGCCGACGUACCCGCAGUUGUACGUACGAGGCGAGUUGGUUGGCGGUUGCGACAUCGUCACUGAGAUGGCGGCCGCUGGGGAGCUCGGCAGCACCCUCAGAGAG